AUGAAACGUUGCUUAGGUCCAGAUUUGGAAGAACAAUACUCGAAUAUAAAAAGUUUUAAGACGACUUCUAUACCACUGUUUAGAAAUACUGCCACAUCUAGAGAUUAUGUGUCGCCGCACAAUGGUCAUGGAGUGAAAACAAGUCGAGAGAAUUGCAAAUAUAGAAAGGAUUAUAUUGUAAGAGUUCCUGAAAAAUUGCUACACGUACAUUGGGAGGAGUAUAAAACGAAGUUCAACAAAAAGUAUCAGAGCAGGGUUCACGAGAGGUCGGCGUUGUCGACUUGGAGGAGCAACAUGAGGAGGGUGGCGGGUCACAACCAGGAGUACCUCGCGGGCAGACAGACCUACACACUACACAUGAACCACUUCGGAGACUGGUCGAUAUUUAGUUACAUCAAGCAGUUAUUGAAACUGAUCAGUACCUUACCGCUGUUCGACCCGGCCCGGGACCAUCACAGAACUACCUUCAGGAACCACGUUAAUACAACACUACCAGACACGGUUGACUGGCGAGAGAAGGGUUUCCGUCCUCGCCUGGAGGAGCAGUUCCAUUGUGGCGCGUGCUACGCCUUCACCAUCACCCACGCUGUACAGGCUCAAUUGUACCGGAUACACGGAGAUUGGAGGGAAUUGAGCCCGCAGCAGAUAGUGGAUUGUAGUUCUAAGGAUGGCAACUUGGGCUGCGAUGGAGGUUCCUUACAAGCCGCUCUAAGGUACGCGGCCAGAGAUGGACUCAUCAGGGAGACGUAUUACCCUUACAUCGGUCAAAGAGGCGUUUGUCAUUACAACCGUGAGUCCGUGUCUGCGCGGGUCCGCCGCUGGUCCUCCCUCCCUCCCACAGACGAGGCAGCCAUGGAGCGAGCUCUAGCGACCCUGGGACCACUGGCCGUCGCAGUCAACGCUGCGCCAUUCACCUUCCAAUUAUACAGAAGUGGCAUAUACGACGAUCCAUUCUGCGUCCCCUGGCACCUCAACCACGCGAUGUUGCUAGUGGGAUACACACCAGACUACUGGAUACUACUGAACUGGUGGGGCGAGCAGUGGGGGGAGAACGGAUACAUGAGGUGA